UCGGCAUCGUAGAUCGAUAGAGACUACAAAUCGGUUUCUAUUCCUCCAUGUCGGUAUCAAACCUCCAGCAAAAUUUUCAGUGGACGAGACAGCAACUAGGGAUUGAAGUUGAGAGGUGUCAACCAGAGCUAGUGUCAACAGACCUGUGAGUUCAAUGCGCACCAUAACCCCAAGAUGCGCGGACAGUGUUUAUCACAACAAUAAUAGAUACUGAAUAAAGUAGCCUGUCCUGCAAUGGACGAGGAAAAAGUGGCUGUAAUUAAUUUGUCCACUGAUGCCAAGGUUAUAAAUGUUGUCUAUCUCUCCGAAUGGACGGCCGAAGAUUUAUGUAUUAAGGUCUGUAGACAGAUCGGUAUUGGUCCUGUGUCAAGGCAUUUGUUUGCAUUGAGGAAUCGAUCUUCUAAACUGUGGUUCCCUCCGGGUCAUAAGCUCGAAAAUGAGAAAGCUAAGUUUGAUUUUAGACUAAGAUUCAAACCCUCCAGUAUCCAGAGGUUGAAACAAAUUGAUGCAAAAGCCUAUGAUUAUUACUUCCACCAAGCUCGUGCAGAUGUUUUGGAUAACAAAGUAUCGGAUAUCAUCUAUGAAAAGCAUAAACGUGAAUUAAUUGGACUGGGAGUCAGUGAUAUGUACAGAGUGAUGCUGGAAAAAGAUAUACCUAGAGAGAUCGUCGAAUCUGAUUACAAAAAAUACAUUCCCAAGGAGUGCAUAAAGCGUCAUUCUUUUUUUAUAAAAAAACCGAUACAUAAUGCUCUAGGGCGAAUUUCCGGUCACGAUGCCUCGUACGUCAAGGACCAAUAUUUAAAUCAAUUCGAAUCUAUGGCGCCAAAUUAUCUUUCUGAAGAGUACAAAGCCCUAAUGGACAGGGGGAUUGCCAAUCCACCGCUCAAAGUCUUGCUCAGAAUAAAUGCCACUGAAGUAACGUACACUGAAUCAGAAAACAACAUUGUUGAGAACUUGUGUGCCAUAGAAGACUUAUGUUUUGUUUCCAUCAGGCAGGAUAGAACUGUUGAGAUAUCUAGAAAGAAUGGGAUACCAUCCUAUCUGAAAUUUGGCACAACUGCUCUGUUACUAUCAUUCGUUUCUGCACUGGAUGGAUAUUACCGUUUUGCUGUCAAGUGGACAUUCAAUUUAUGCAAAGACGUUAUAACACCAAGUUUAGAUCGGCUUUACAAAUUAAGGUGUCACGGACCAGUUGGCGGUGAAUUUUCAUAUGCAAAGUUAGAAGAGAAACGAGCAAAUCGGCCUGGUACAUUUAUUCUGAGAGAAAGCGAAACAAAAUAUAAUAAUUAUUAUUUAGAUGCAUGUGGAAAAGAUGGCAAGCCAAGAACGAGAAAAAUUGAGCAACUAGGCCCAGAUGAAUACAUAUUAUCUGAUUGUGUACAAAGAUAUAAAUCCCUUGGUCAGUUGGUUGCACUGCACCAAGACCCUGAGAGUCCACUGUACCUGCGAGACUGUCUACCACCUUCAGAAUACGAUAAGUCAUCACUCUUGAUUUGCGCCGGAGAAGGUGGUAGCAAUGAUGUACCGGUUGAUGAAGAGAUAGUCUCAGCUCUUUUAGACGGCGGUCCACGUUGUAUCCCACCUCAUCAAUUACAAGUGUACAAAGCACAGCCAUUUAGUAAAGGUUAUGAAAUUACCUCGGAUUCUAAACCGCCCACCACUACCUUAUAUAGAGCAAUGUGGAGAGUAGCUAAAGGCAAGAAACUUGAAGCUGCGAUAAAAAUUCUCAAGGACGAAGAGAGAAAAUUAACCCGCGAGUUUCUUGAGUUAGCAGGAAAGUGGGGUCAGCUCAGGUCAACAGCAUUAGUACGAUUAUACGGUUUGACUGUAGCACCAGCCAUUGGGAUGCUUCUUGAGCUAGUGCGACACGGUCCACUAGAUGCCUAUAUGCGGCUGCCUACCUCGCCGGCAGUGACAACAGCUCACAUGGUAGAGGCGGCUGGUUGUCUUGCUACUGCUCUCUGGCAUCUGGAGGAGAAUGGGGUCGUGCAUGGUAAUAUCAGAUGCAGAAAGCUUUUGGUACAUAGACAUAACGAGAACAGUUUGCUUGUCAAAUUAGCAGACCCAGGCAUCUUUAGUUAUACCCAAGCAGAUGUGCACUGGUUACCACCUGAAUAUUACGGCAAUCCGGAACUGGCAAAACGUAGUUUCCAAGCAGAUGUAUGGGCUCUGGCAACGACUUUCUGGCAAAUUUUCUCUCGUGGUACGCCUCUGCCUACUCAUCGCGACAUUGACUCCGUCAAAAAGUACUAUUCAAGUGGAAAACGACUUCCGAUGCCGGCUGGUUGUCCCGGUGAGGUUUAUAAGUUAAUGUUAGAAUGUUGGGGAGAAGUGGGCGGUCCUAGAAAACAACCGCAAGCAAUAAUGCGAGACAUCAAUCAGAUCGGACAUCAAGUUUACAAUCCGAGGCAAAUGCACGCGUAUGAAACAGCGUUUCCCAAGCCCUUUAAUGAUUCUGGAAAUGGCAAUGCAGAAGAGGAGGAGGCUGAUUUAUCUGACAGUGAAUCCCGUGCCAGUAGUUUGUUUACUGAUCGGACGAGCCUUGCUUGGGACGAUGGCGAUGAAGGUGGUAUGGGAUCUGGAGAGGCUGACCAAGAUUGUGAAGAAUUAACGGCCUAUCUAGACCAGUUAGCAAAGGGAAAUUGUGGAGAGGGAGGUCCAUUGGGCCAAAUGCAGAGCAUUUUUGAGCUUGAUGCGGACUGUAAUGUAAUACUUCAGGGGCGGAUAGGACAAGGAUUUUAUGGAGAGGUGUACAGAGGUACGCUUGAAAGAGACAGCAAAGAUGUUGGAAAUCAGCAGCAGGUUGCUGUUAAAAAACUUAAGACAAAAGCUUUGGAGGCGGACUUACGUGAUUUUGAAAGAGAAAUAUCCAUCAUGAAGACCCUGAAACACCCAAAUGUUGUAGAAAUCCUUGGAGUUAUAUCCGAGCCAGAGGUUUGUUUAGUGAUGGAGUUUGUGAAACAUGGUUCACUGCAAAGUUACUUGGCAAUUCACCGUGAGACUCUAACGCACAGGAGAUUACUAGGCUUUGCCCUGAACAUUGCAACUGGAAUGGAUUACUUGGGUCGUAAAAGUAUCGUUCAUCGCGAUCUGGCUGCUAGGAAUAUCUUGGUGGCAGGUGAAGAUCGAGUAAAAAUUAGCGAUUUCGGAUUGGCACAGGUUACUGGAAAAAACGAUUACUACAUUUUACAAACGAACCGAGACCUCCCAAUCAAAUGGUAUGCGCCAGAGAGUUUGAGGAAUGGGAAAUUCUCUACCAGGUCAGACGUUUGGUCUUUCGGAGUAACGAUGUACGAAAUGUUUGGGCUGGGUGAAGAACCUCGAGUUCCUGGAGUUGGGGAAGAUGGUAGCUCUGGAGGGGGUGCCGAACUAUUGGAAGCUCUUGAAAGAGGGUCCAGGCUGCCCUGUCCACCUACGUGCCCCCAAUCUGUUUAUGUUAAACUGAUGUAUCCUUGCUGGCAUCUCCACAGUCAUGAACGUCCUGAUUUUGCGACUCUGUGCAACAACAUUCAAGAUUUGUUGACGCAGUACUAGAGGAGUUGCAAAAACGAAUUUUUAUCGGUGUUAAUUAUUGUGAAUGCGCAAGCAAAAGGUGCCAUAAUUUUUUAUAUAAUCUUAAUGGUAGUUUUAAGAUAGAUACCAUGAAAUUUUAACUACAACAGCUCUUCUCUGGCAGAUUUUUAGUAACUAAUUGAACUGUGUUACACUAAGAAAUCGGUCUAUGGAUGUCUAGUACUUUUCAACAACUGAAGGUAGUAUAGGCAAUUUUAUACAUCCGUAACUGUGGUUAAAUGUGAUGAAAAUUCAUCAUUGCUCGAAUUUCUGUCGUAAUUCGUAAUAAUUUUUACGUGGAAUAAGCUAUAUCAAUUGAAUUCUUGUUCACAAUAGCUUUACAGCGGAUACCUGUGCAUUUUUUACGAUUUACAAACGAAACGUUAGUUUAUAUUGACGUACGAGAAGUAUAUUUAUUGAUUUUUUUCCACAACUAUUGAAAAUCAUGACUCUUGCUAUUGCUUUAUUGUAUAAUAAUUUAGGUACCAUGUGGAAGUUUUUCAUGUACCAAAGAAAGUCUGGAUCGCCAUGAAUUUUAAUAUGUUAUUUAUGCAUCUACUUGUGGGAGAUAUUUGCGAUAUUCCCAUUAUAUAGUCUUGCAAUCGUAGUUCCAAUUUAUACAUGCUCAAUACCUCAGGAGGUCGUACAAAUGCAUGAUUAUCAAUUUAUUUACAAUUAACUCACAAAUCAUGUGAUAAAUUAUCCCUAUACAACGAAAUUGUCAAUUGCUGUGUUUUCGUAUUCGGGAUUUUGGUCUUUUUUAUACUUGUAGGAAAAAAAAAGUUUGAUUGUUCGAUAUAUUACAUGAAUCAUGUAUAAUAAAUGUUUAGUCAACUUGA